AUGACCUCUCACAGUGAGACGAACAGGCUGACGUUCCAGGAGACGGAUGAGGCUGGAUAUCCGACUGCAACUUACAUCUACUCGGGAGAUGUCGCUACCUCGGUCACUUCCUCAACGGCUGGACGCGUAGAUCUAAUCAGCUCUUCAUCUACCUCAUGGUCAGGCAAGCUCCUGGUUAGCUCGCUGAGUGAUGUAUUUUUGCCUUCUGGGUACCCCCAAAGUGUCAGCGAUGACUAUCUUCCAUAUCAAAUCUUUGACUCUCUCCAAGCCUUCUGCAGCUCAAUAGCAGGCCUCCUCUCCUCCAGAGCCGUCCUCCAAGGAGUCGGUGUAGGCAACGCCAACGCCUCUCCAACAUCUGCACUACUCCUACACAUCCUACAGGAUAUAUCCGGCCGCAUUGCAACGAUAUGCUUCGCCCACCGCAUCGGCACAGCCCUCGAGCCAGAAUGCAAAACCUACCGACUAGCAGCUGACGUCUUCAACGAUAUCGCUAUGAUCCUCGACUGUCUCUCGCCGGGUGUUCCCGCCGGACCGCCGAGGGUGAUUGUCCUCAGCACAGCGGGUGUCCUCAGGGCUCUCUGCGGUGUAGCCGGGGGUAGCUCAAAGGCAAGCUUGAGUGCUCAUUUUGCUAAAUGGGGGAAUCUAGCAGAGCUCAAUGCCAAAGACUCAUCCCAGGAGACUGUUAUCUCUCUCUUCGGCAUGCUGGUCGGAUCCGUAGUAAUCUCACACAUAACCAGCUUCACCACAACCUGGCUCAUCCUCCUACUCCUCCUAGCCCUCCAUCUAAGCAUGAACUACGCCGCCGUCCGCGCCGUCCAAAUGACAAGUCUCAACCGACAACGCGCGAACAUCGUCUUCUCGGCCCUCCUAGACUCAGACAAGAGUCUAGCACUAGCACUCGAUAUCGAUGUUCCUCCUACAUCUCCAUCCAAAAACGAAUGGACAAUCCUCACUCCUGCACAGGUAUCGAAAUACGAGCGUAUCUUCCACCGAGACGGCGCGUUACAGUGGACUCAGCACUCGGACACGGAUAUGACAACCCACCAUCUAGGAUCUGCGCAGAUAGGCGUCUCGAUGUCUACUUUCCUAGGCGGUUCCGUGUCUAGAUCAUUCAAACAUACCCUUCCGCUCCAGCGCCUUGUGACUGUUUUCGCCGACGAGAUGUACAUCCUGUUUCUCGUACCGACGGAGACUGCGGGCGAUGUCAAAUGGGAUGCAUCGAUUCUCCUGAAACGGGGCUGCGGUGUUGGGCAGCAGUUGAAGGGGUGGGUGCAUGCUUUAUUGGCUGCAAGGGUUUUGGGUAGGAUGACGAUUGGGUCUUCUGUCGAUGUUGUUCUUGCUGUUGUUGAGGGGACACUUGCUUUGCUGAACACUGAUUCUCGGUUUGAGAGGUACCUGACUCGGUUGAGGGGUGUUGGAUGGGAUAUUGAUAUUGCGGCAUUGGAGACGAGGAGUGGGAGGAGGAUUGAUAUUUGA